AUGGCAACUGUGGUAUUUGUCGACCAAGAAAAUGGAGACUUUGCUUCUACCCCCUUGUUCAAGGAUCUUGAACAAGCUAACUCUGGAAAAGUGUUUGGCAGCUCUGGAACUGUGGUGAAGCCAAGAAAAGCUCUGGGAAAUAUCAACAAGCAAGUUGCCACAGCUGCUCCGUUCCAGAAAGGUGCCCUUAAAGUGAAGACAUCUGCACCAGUUACCAAGCAGAUUUCUAAGGUCUGCAUUAAGACUAGCAAACAGAGCUAUCCUGAGAUUGAGAAGUGUCUCCCUUACAAUCCUGCAGAUUUUGAAACCUUUGUCCCUGAAGAACACAAGCUGAGCCACCAUGACCUUUCUGGAGUUCCCCUUAUGCAUGAACACGAAGCUUCAAAGUUUGAUGCUUUGGCCCAUGAGCCCGCUCCAAUGGAUAUUCCAGUCAUUAGCUGGGAGUCAGAUAUUUCAAGCGCACUUGCAUCUUUCCUGGCAGCCCUUGAUGAUUUUGCACUUGACCUGCCCCAGAUGAUUUCUGAAGUCUGCAUCAAGCCUAGCAAGCAAAUCUACCCUGAGAUUGAGAAGUGCCUUCCUUAUGAUCCAGCAGAUUUUGAAACGUUUGAUGUCCCAGAAGAGCACAAACUAAGUCAUCUCUACCUUGCUGGAGUUCCCCUUAUAGUGCAUGAGAAGGAAGCUGCGAAGUUUCAUGCAUUGUUGACCCGGGAGGUAGCUCCAAUGGAUAUUCCAGUCUUUAGCUGGGAAUCAGAUAUGUCAUGUACACUUCCCUCUUUUAUGACAACCAUUGAUGACCUCACACUUGACUUGCCCCAGAUGGUGAACUGUUAG